GCAGCACUGCAAUUUCCCAUAAACAACAGCGUUCUAGAGAGGGGAGCAUUUGCAGAGAGAGCGGUUACAAUCCGAACCAGGAACGAAACUGAAAAUGGGCAAGGAUCUAAGCGACGACCAGGUCUCUUCGAUGAAGGAGGCGUUUACGCUAUUUGACACCGACGGAGAUGGCAAGAUCGCCCCGUCUGAGCUGGGGAUACUCAUGCGUUCUCUCGGUGGUAACCCGACGCAGGCCCAGCUCAAGUCCAUAAUCGCCGAGGAGAAACUUACCGCGCCCUUCGACUUCCCUCGCUUUCUGGACCUCAUGGCCAAGCACAUGAAGCCCGAGCCCUUCGAUCGACAGCUCCGCGACGCGUUCAAGGUCCUCGACAAGGAUAAUACGGGUUUCGUCACCGUCUCGGAUCUGCGCCACAUCUUGACCAACAUUGGGGAGAAGCUGGAGCCAUCUGAGUUCGAUGAGUGGAUCCGGGAGGUGGAUGUCGGGUCGGACGGGAGGAUCCGUUACGAAGAUUUCAUUGCCAGGAUGGUGGCUAAGUAAGAUCGUGAAGAAUUUGGGUCUGUUCUUUUUCUUAUCGUGAUUUUGUUUUGAAGUUAGUCGGGUAAGGUUCUUUUGUUCUGGCUUAUUGAUCUUGAAUUGCGCAUUGUGUUUUGGGGUUUGUCGUGAUGCAUGAUGGUGGUUUCGAAAUGUUGAAUUAAUGCUAACAAUUUUCUUCUCAAAAUUGGUAUGUGUAAUUAUGAAGGUGUGAUCUUGUGAAAUGUAGACUUCUGUGGCUUAAUUUGUAACUGAUGAUCUUUGGCUUGUAGAAAAGAAAUUGUUUGUUUAUGGGAAUCCCUAGAUAUCUUUUCUCCCCAA